CUUUACUGUUUGAACAGCCAAAAGCCUAACAUUGCCUAAACAUCUUGAAUUACUAGUUGUAGUGUAUAACGGGCUACUGUUGUCAAGCACUAGUGUGUUGUAUGCAGCCUACCGGAAGUCUUACUCGUUUUUACUCUCAUCACGUGACAAAUCAAUCGACUAAACGACCCCCAUUACUACUAGGUAUAAUUGUAACACUAGUUAUUAAGUGGAUACACAUUUUGUUACAAAAUAAAAUUAAAAUGAGCACAACUGAUACAAGAGUUUUCUGGUGUUUGUCUUCGUUGACGUUUUUGAAAACUUUGACUUUGAUAUCACUUCUUGUUUAUAUUAAAGGUGAGUAUUUACAUAAAAUUUAACAAUAAACUUUUACUAUAUGAUAUAUGACGUUAUUCGUAUCAAUGUAGACUACGCAGAUUUAAUAAAUAAAAAAUUAGACAUUAGUCAUUAGUUUAGCCUAACCUAAAUUAAAAAUGAAAAGAUUGUAAUUGAUUGUUUUAAUUUAGUUUUAGACUUGAUUUAACUUAAGUCUUAAGAUUUAUUUGUUGUUUGAUUCAGAAUUGAAUUUAAGUUUAAGAAUUGGUGUCAUGCUUAGUUUAGUAGCCUAAUUAUUUGUCAUAUUGUAAUGUCUUACCCUUAGACAAAAUAAGACAAUAUCAAUAAAUAUUAGUUAUUAGUCACUAUGUACCCGUCUGAUCCCCUUUCUUAACCACAGAAGUCCAAUACUUUAAGUUAAUUAAUUAAGGAGUAGCUAGUGAGCUACUACUACUACUCUUUUUUGACUUUCAGUUAUUGUUUUUGAGCACUUUGUCUCAAUUCAAAUGUCACAAUUUCUAAUUAGACUACAGACAAUCCACAAUGCAGAGCAGGCAACACAUUUUAGGAUUGUUUCUAAAAAAAAACAUUAUAUUAAUUAUUAAUCUUUUGUUUUCCUGAAAAUAAGACUAUUUCUAAUACUUGAAACAAUUAUCGGUUGAUGUUCACAAAGCGGUUUUCAAAUUAUUUUUAUCGUGAUAUAAAAACAAAAAGAGGAAAAAAUCUAGAUUGUUAAAAAUGUAUAAUACCAUAGUAAAAGUAUUUUUUUUAGUAUAUUUAUAUAAUAAAUUAUAUUGAUUUAUAAUGCAUAACCUUGCAUUGGCGAUCUGUAUUGGUAUCAGUUAAAAACCUGAUGUGACUGGAGUUUUUUUGUUAGGAAAAAUAGUUGUCAUGUUUUUGCUAGCACCUAUUGUGCAAAGAGACAGCAUAAAGAAAAAUUUACUAUUUGGUUAAGUACAUGAAGUGGACAGUAAAUCCCCCCCCCCUCCUUCUCCAAAAUAAUUUCCCGAGGCUCCAUACUCCCUUGGAUGCAGCUAUCUUACAAAAUGUCUUGUUCAUCUUACAUGGCUGUGAGGUAAACUUUGUAAAGCAUUUCAUAGGUGUCAAGUUCUGGGGGAAAAGUGUGGGAACAUAACCAAGACAUCCCCCCCCCCCCCCACUAAAAGCUGAUUAAUCAGCAAUUAACGAUAAUUUGCCAAUUAAUGGUGCAACCCUAGUUAUUACUAUUUCACAACGCAUAGUAUAAGUUAUUUUAUUAAAAUCGAUGGUAUGUAAACGUAUCAUUUGUAUCAUUCUUUCAGUAUUAGGUUUAGAGAUUGACAUUGGAAAAGAUCCUUCAUAUACACACUGCAUUACAAGUAAUGAACCUCUUCAACUAUUAAAUCCAUUUUUGGAAGAGCUUGGUUCUGAUUAUGAAGCUCCUAACAAUGAUCCAAACUUUAUCUCUUUUGAAUGGGCCAUUCUUAAACCAGGGCAAGGCAGUAGAGAUAUCUUACGUAUUACAAGAGAACCUGAAGUAUUGAAACCUGGAUAUAGAGUAUAUAAAUUGUGGAGCUUGCAGGUGAGGCCCUGGUUCAUUAAUUCUUAGGGUUCUUAUGAUUAUGAGUUAAUAAAAAAUUAUUCUUAGAUAGCAGAAGAAAAUUGCAAUUAUUAUUAUAUAAAAUAUUUUGGUAUUACAGAAAUAGAGAUUGACAUGAUGUUCUUUUGUUUCUUAAAAUUCAUAAUAGCUGUGCUCUGACAUGCGCAACUAUUGUCUUAUUGUUAUUUUUUUUUCCUCAACAAAAUGUCAAUAUGUUUCCAUUAUCCUCAAAGAAUAAUGCUAAUUUUCAGUCUUUCAUUCGAUAAUUCCUAUUACUUAGAUUAAUAAUGUUGAGGCUGAUGACACUGCAACGUACAUUGCAAGACUGACUGUGGUUGGUCCCAAAAAGAUUAUAAAUUUUAAUUUAACUGUUGCAAGUGAGUAGCCCUACUUUCUCACAUAUUUUCAUUUACUAAUUAUAUUUACAAGAACAGUGCUGUUAAUAAAGUUAAAUCUAAUGUGUUAUUGUAGCUAGUCUUAAAUUUGAUUUAGAAGGUGAGACUUCAUUUUUAAAUAAUUAAAUUGACUUUCUGCUGUUUGUACCUCCAGUACUUUUUAAAAUCAGAAAAUGUGUUCACGUUUCCAUACAGUUGUUUUUUUAGGUUGCAAUUUCUUCAGUAUCCUGUCAUAAUAUUUUGAAGAAUUUUUAUCUGAAUUUCAUUUCUAAUUCCUCUUUGCUUAGAAGCUCCUGCACUUAAAUCUGAUAAGAUAACAGUGACCAAGCAACAGAAUGAAGUGGCAGGAACAGUCACGUAUAAGUGUGGACAAAUUGCAGAUUUGGGGACACCACCAAUCAUCUUUUAUUGGAAGGUACUGCCUCAACCUUUAUUUAUUUACAACAGCCUUAAAAGUGAAUGAUUCCAUCAGUCAAACUUUAUGAUGGCUUGUUUUAUUUCACGAACCGAAGAAGAGAGUCCCGGCAUCAGAGAUCAGAGCAAGGGAUUUAUAUCAAUUUAUUUUGGGUGGGGCUGCUGCUCUGGGUCCAAGAAAUUUUGUUUAUUAAAAAGAAAAAAAUAAUAUUAAAAUAUAUUUAACGAAAAGUGCCCAGUUUUUAUUUAUAAACGGAGAAAUAAUUUGGAUUAGGUAAAAAAUUUUUGGUUUUCUUUGUUGAAAUUUAAAAAAAAACAAAAAUAUUAGUAAAUCUGUAUUAAAAUAAUAAUAAUAAAGUUCAUUUCAAAAACACGCUUCAUCGCCAAAGGCUCGAAGCGCGGUACAAAGUCAACAAAAAACAAAUCUAUAAUUUACCACAUUUAAAACAAACGCAACACUAUAAAAACUAAUUACAAGCAUGCAAUGGCAAAGUCUUUCUAGCCAUUUCAACCCGGAGCAACACAGCCAAUAUGCAUUAACUGGAAAAUAAGGUAGACAAUCAUCCCAGAAGGUGUUUGCGAAAUUAGAUGUGUCUUUAAAUCGGUUUUAAAGGACUCCAGUUUCUGGUUGUUUCUGAGAUCGACAGGAAGGGCGUUCCAAAUUGUUGGACCAGCAAAUGCGAAAGUGCGCUUUCCGUAAGUCUCAAGGCAAACACGUUGUGUCGAGAGUUUGCCACUAUCGGAUGAGCGGAGCUCUCUGGUGGGUACAUAAGGCGUUAGCAGCUCUUUCAGCUAAUAUUGUACAUUAAACUUUUAAAAUAAAUUGGGCCAGUCUUAAUACAAUUUUUUAGUCAAACCAAAGAAUCGUUGACCAAUAAAUUCACAAAGAGUCACCUAUAAAAGUUUCAUCUUUGUGAGAUGCACUGUGUGGAGGAGCAUUUCCUUGUUGUGUUGCAGACCUAAAGAUUGAGGAGCUAUUUUAAGUUUUCGGGGUAUAAAUAAAAGCUUGCCCAGCACCUGCACCAAUAUAUAAAUAUUAUGAACAUUCGUCAUCACACCAGUCUUUUUUAAAGCUGCCAUCAACAAAGGCAUGACUUCAUAGCAAAUACUGAGACAAAGACUUUCAAGACUAAAAAUAAUAUGUGCAAUGUUUCAAAACAAAUUUCCAUUUAUUUGGAUCAAUGAAAGCACCUUAUCCUAUCAUAUCUUAUCAUAUAUUAUCUUACAUAUAAGAGAAGGAAUUGUUUCACAUUCCUACUGGCAUGAGGUUGAGAAUGAAAGAUAUUAUUUUGUAGCAAAGUAGCACAUUGUCCAAUUUCUGAGUGGGGAUCAUUACGUCGUCAUCAUUUCACUACAACCAAUCAACAUGGUUACAUUUACAGGAAAUACAAUUCAUCUCAACCUUGUGACUUUGCUGAGCCCAUUGUUUUUUUUUGUUGCUGUUUUUAAAAUCAUGGAAUGAAUAGGGAUGGCAGGGUUUAAUUAAAAUAUUAUGAAUAUUAUGUUGUUGUUUUUUUUAUGUUUUUAAUGCUCUGCUUAAACGUAAGCCAUGGUCAAAGCUUACAUCUCUCAUUUUUUCUUAGAACAAACGCUUCUUGUAUUCUUGUAUAAUUUUAAAAAAAUAAAAAAAAUAAAAAAUAAAAAAAAAAAAACACUACUUAGCCCCUUUCUAGGCCACACUAUUCUUAGUUCCACACAAAGAGGAAAAUGUAGUUUGAAAAGAUUCAGUGGCUGAAGCUUUACCUAAUCUUUAUAACGUACUUCCGGCUAGCAACAAGAUGGCAGCCUUUCAAAGUUUUCUUCUUCUUCUAUAUCUUAAGGGCCCACGAUCAAUUUAAUGAGCAUUUUGGCUCCUAUAAGUACGUAAGCAAGAAGAAACUGUGAAAUAAUUAUCAAAAUUACAAAAUUUAAUUUCGGUGAAGUCAAAGUUGUCUUGAGCUUGAGACUACGCCUUACAGUACAGGCAUGUAUAGAAUCAAGCUCUUGAUCAUAUUGUAGAUUUAUAUGUGUUCCUGUUUUCCUUGCGUAGUCGGCCAUCUUAGCUGGCAUCAAAAUCAUUGCUCAUGCAUGCUAAUGAUACGCUUGGUGACACACCCCGGCUGAUGUACUCACGCGAUCGAUUAUUGUCAAUUAAUGUCAAACUCAUACUCUUUACUGCUAAUUUGGUGUAUCGACUGAGAGAACUCUCCAUUGGUGGAAGCCUGCCCCGUAAUAGUAUCCAUCAUAGAGGUGGACGGAAAGUUGGCGCACGACGAAAGAAGAAGCGUCUUUAUCGAGUAGGUCGUCGGAAACAGCGUCCAAUGAAAUACCACCAUGGCGAAAGCCAUGUCAAUAUUAUUGCUUGUGGAGAUCGUCAUGUCAAGCCUUUAAAAGAGGAUGUCAGUAACGGCAGACAUUAGCCACAUACUGUGUCCUCAAUCGCGACCAUUCCCUACGUGUCCAUCCUAAGAGCAUGACCGGUGGCUCACGAUUUCACACCGCCUCGACGGUUCGUGACGAGAUCAAAUUUAGUUGUUGUUGAAUGUCAAGCUGUUGUGAAGCCGCAAUUGCGGCAUUUUGGAGUGUUAUAUUUCACCUCCCAGUCCUGCAGGAAUAAGACAGCCGAGGUGUGUGAUCUUGUCUUGGAGAGCAGGGCCGACCUUGUGUUCAUUACCGAGAAGUGGUUUAAACGUGUCGGAGAUGAGGUGACGCUGCAAGAAAUUAACCCCCCGGACUACGUCCUUCACUCUUGCCCACAGCAGUCGUACAGUGGUGGGGGUAUUGCCGUACUUUACAGGAACUCCCUUAAAAACAGUGUGGCCUUCUCAAAAUCGGACGAGUUUGUUUCUUUUGAAAUGUGCAAAAAAACUUAAUUACUGUGAACAAGCGAUGACGUUUCUGUGCAUAUCCAGGCCACCUCCAAAUAAGCAAAUUAAGUUGAAGAUCUGUCAGUUUACUUUUGAGUUUAUACAACUCCUUGACAUGUAUGCCACCACCAACAACAAUGUCAUCAUAAUCGGUGACAUAAACUGCCAUUUUGACUCCACCACCGACAGGUACGUGAAGACCCUAAAAUCACACGGAAUGACUCAGCUUGUCAGUGUCCCGACGCAGAAGCGAGGUCACAUCCUAGAUUGGCUGGUUGUCAGAGAGGACUGCGCAACUAUGAUCCGAAACCUCAUUAUUGAGGACAAACUUAUUUCCGAUCACUUCCCAGUCACCUUUGACUUUGACUUGAGGAAGCCAGGACGCCUUCUGCGAUCUGUAACAUCCCGUGACCUCCGACAGAUAGAUCUAGCGGCCUUUAGAUGUGACGUCGCAGCCCUUGGGUGCAGUGAAGAUGACCCUGCUACAGACUACAACAGUGGCCUCAGAGUCAUUUUAGACAAACAUGCACCACUGUCUACACGGCGAGUUACGGACCGCCCUUCCGCCACAUGGCUCACGCUGAAAUUAAGGACGCUAAGCAGAAGCAGCGACGUGCAGAACGCCAAUGGUGGAAGUCGGUCUUGACUGUGCACCGACAAAUCUUUGUUGACCAUAGGGAACGAACCAAGAGGUUGGUCCUUGCAGCUAGGACUGAGCAUGUUAGUCAUCAGAUUACAGGCAGCAGCUCAAGCAAGUACCUAUUUCGCAUUGUGAGUCAGCUGACCGAUAAAAACAAGUCUACAUCUCUGCCAAAUAACAUUGCUGUAGAAGAGCUGUCAGACGCUCUAAAUGACUUCUUUAUUACAAAAGCUAAGAAGAUCAGGGCGAAACUUGACAGUUGCAUCGAUACUGCUCCAGAAUUCUAACUAUUCAAAGGCUCUCCUAUGGGUGAAUUUCUUGAGGUCAGUGAAUCGAAUGUGAGGAAAAUCCUGGUUAAUACCCCAUGAAAGUCAUGCUUACUCGACCCUCUUCCAACAAGGCUGUUGUAUGAAUGUCUGGAUGAAAUAGUCCCCACCAUCACUUGUAUCAUAAAUAGGUCCUUGGCAUCUGGUAUUCUUCCAUCAACUUUUAAAGAGGCAAUAGUAAAGCCACUGUUAAAGAAAGCAAAUCUUGACUUAAAUGUGAUGGAAAAUUAUCGCCCCCAUCUCAAAUCUACCAUUUGCAUCCAAAAUCUUAGAAAAAGUCGUUCUCCGCCAACUCCUGGAUCACCUCAUUCAUUGUGACUUUUUCCAGUCAGCAUACAGGGCGCAUCACUCUACUGAGACAGCCCUGUUGCGCGUCAUAAACGACCUUCUGUCGUCUUGUGAUGAGGGCCAGGUAUCCAUUUUGUCUUUACUCGAUUUAUCGGCAGCUUUAAAUACGCUUGACCACGGCAUACUGCUCCAGCGUCUGCAAAAAACGUUCGGUCUCACCGAUACCGUCCUGAGAUGGUUUCACUCGUAUAUGACAAAUCGGGUCCAGUCAGUUAUUUCAAACGGCUUGACCUCGAAGCAAUUUAUAAUUGAAUUCUGAGUACCCCAGGGCUCGGUCCUAGUCCCGAUGCUUUUCACUAUGUACGUUCAGCCACUGGGUGCAGUGAUCAAGCAAUUUGACAUGCUGUAUGACAUGUUCGCGGACGAUACACAACUUCAUCAAUCCGUGAUCCCCUCUCAGUUCUCUCAACUUCUUACGACACAGAAGACAGUGGAGUCAGUUAAGCACUGGAUGACCAUAAACAAGCUCAAAUUGAAUGAUAAAUAGACUGAGCUGAUCCCCAUUGCCACUGCUCAGAAACAAAAAUCUGUAAAACACACAACAUCACUUACUCUCUCAGGUAUGCAGAUAGAGUUUGCUCAUACAGUGCGAGACCUGGGUGUCUAUUAAGACAGAACACUUACUAUGGAAAAUCAUAUUAACAUGCUUUGCAAGGCAAUUUUCCUAGAGCAGCGCAGGAUAAGUCAUAUCAGAGCUUUAUUAACGUGAGAUGCAUCAAAGAGGCUGAUGUCUGCAUUUGUGCUAUCACGCAUGGACUACUGCAAUGCUCUCAUGGUGGGUCUCCCAGCUACGCUCCUGGAUAAAAUUAAAAGAGCACAGAAUAAUGCGGCUCGCGUUGUUCUCCGCAAACGCAAAUUUGACCAUGCUAAAACACUUCUGAGGGAGCUGCACUGGCUGCCGGUCCGCGCUCGCAUAGAGUACAAAAUUGCAACUUUGUGCUACCGCUGCUUACAUGACCUGGCGCCAUCUUAUCUCAAAGCACUCAUGACGCCUUAUGUACCCACUAGAGAGCUCCGCUCAUCCGAUAGUGGCAAAGUAUCGAUACCGUGUGUUCGCCUUGAGACUUACGGAAAGCGCACUUUUGCAUUUGCUGGUCCAACAAUUUGGAACGCCCUUCCAGUCGCUCUCAGAAACAGCCAGACACUGGAGUCCUUUAAAAUCCAUUUAAAAACACAUCUAUUUCGCAAACACCCUCUGGGGUGAUGCUAUCUACCAUCUUUUUCAGUUAAUGUAUAUUGGCUUGAGUUGCUUAUGGUCGAAACGGGAUGAAAGACUUUGACUGGGUAUGCUCGCGUAUGUAGCUUUAUAUUGUUGCGUCUGAUUUUAAAUGUGGUAAAUUUUAGAUUGUUUUUAUUUCUCUUUUUAAUAUGGUUGACUUAGUACCGCGCUUCGAGCUUUUGGGGAUGAAGCGUGUCUUUCAAAUAAACUUUAUUAUUAUUAUUAUUACUUACUUACUUCAAACCACUUAUCCAUUUGAUUGGUUAGAGCAGGUGUCCUCAAAACAACAGACAAGACCCACUUUCCAGAAUCCUUAACUCUGGCGGUGGUAAGGAUAAUUUGGUAGUGACGAAUAUGGAACAGGAUGCUCUGAGCAAAAAGCAGGCCCAUGCUUUGCAGAUUAAAAUAGUUUUUUUUUUUCUGUCUAUUUUUGUCCCACUAGAAACAAUACAGAUUGUUGUACUUUAUGCCUUCAAAACUGCACUCAAAACACAUCUCUUUAAACUCUACUAUCCUGACUUUUUCCCCCCUCUGACCGAUAAACAAUGCUGCUGGGUGCCAUCCAUGGCUUGCAAUGUAAAUAGUUAUGGAAUGGGUGGACUGAAUAUACAUUUGUUUUGUUUUAUUUAAUUAAUGUAUGUUAAUUUUCAAGUUCAUGAUUAUGUGUAUUAAAUUGUAUGUACGGUGGUGAGCCCACCCCUAGGCUGGGGUACUGCGCUAUAUAAAACUACUACUAUUAAAAUAUUAAUAAUGUACUAACUUUAAAUUCUUAAAAUUCUUAAAACUAUAAAAAUUCCUCAUGCAACAACAAGUAAACUAUCUGAUUGAAAUAGAAUCCUAGUAGGAUUGGUUGAACAGUCCUAUAUUUAACUUCCUGGUGGGGAAAUGGAUUAGUAACAACACACUUUAGUACAUAUAUAUAUAUGUAUAAUAUGUAUAAUUUUGCUGUUAAGUUCUGUUUUCAUACGGUCAUGCUCUUGAGCGUGGCUUUAAGAAAAUUAAGCUCGUCGUCAAGUGCUUUUUUGUAAGUGGAUGAUUGUUAAUGUGUUUGACUGAACAAACCAAUUGAUGCAGCAGGCCCAGAACACACAUUGUCUGUAGGCUUUGAAUUAUCAAUGAUAAAAUUAACAGCAAAACGAUUAACAAUUUAAGAAAGAGGCCUGAAACAAUGAAAUUUGGGAUUGGCCAGGGUGGUGUGGUUAGUUUUGGGCAUGUGAGUAAUCAUGUAAUAUAUAGGCUUGGUUUGGCUUCCUUCCUUUCCGUUUGUUCACUGCUGAGUCAGGAAAUAAAAGUCUUAGAUAAUUGAUGUAUAGAGAUUCAUGUAGUACAUUAAACACCAACUCCGUACUUCGAUACACCAUCUACCUCCACCGCCUUGAAACACCAGCCUCCCCGUUCUUGGUACGCCAACUCUCCACCUUGAUCCCCCCCACACUUUUUUUCAAAGCUUAGAACCUGUUAAGUAUUUAAAAGGCCAUGAUUAAAAUAUUCAAUGCCCUUGACGCCAUGACAUAGAAUCUGCAUUUAUUUUCGGUGGUUUAUACAUUUAGAGCUCAUGAUAAUUUAUCAGUAUGCAACUCAACAAAGUCGGAAACAGUUAUUGGAAGAGAGGUUGCAGGGGUGGUGGUGGUUGGGAACUUUGUUUCGCACUUGAUUGUGGGCAGCAGAUGAAAUGAAAUAGGUGGCUUUUUUUUUUUUAGUGAAUAUUAUCAGAUAGAUUUAGCGAUCACCUUUGCAUCAACGAACAAAGCAAACAAUGUCCGGUUUCAUUUGAGUUCAAUAAAAAUAAGCUCAGAGCCCCCCCCCCAACCCCUUGCUGCUUUAGGGCUAUUCUAUCUUUCACCAACCUGACAACUUUGGUUUUAAUCAACAGCUUUUAUACGAAAAUACCUUUUUUUUUUGUGUGUGUGAUAAAACAUUCGCCUUCCCCUUCUCAUGUGUACAUGCAGUCCGCUUGUACUCUCUUGUCUCCGUACACACAAAUGUUUUCUACCAUUUCUGAGAGCGAGAGAUGGAUGCUGGGUUUCUUGACCUUUCCUCUUAUCUUGGCAGCAUAUCAUUGGUUCUGUUGUUGGAAGAGAAAGGCUUUGGUGGACAUAUUCAGUUUGUGAUAUAUCAUGUCGUCAGGUUUUAACUUACCAAGUGUUUCAUGUGUCUUCUUUAUAUUUAUAACUGGAUCCCUUUUUUUUUCCCAAUAUCAUUCCUUUAAAAAUAAUAGCAUAAAUAAAAUUUUGGGCUCAUGUUGAUUUGUUUCAUACACCAUUAUUUUUUUUUUGCUUUUAUUAUAAGUUGGCCUAGAGCCAAACGGAGAUGUUGAUUUCUUAAAUUGAAUUUGUAUCUUUCAGUCCGUCAAGGAUGGUUCCAUUUUACCAGCUGAUUACAAAGAUGGCUUCUUGACUAUCACCCUUUCAGAUAAUGAAG